AUCCACUCUCACUUAUCCAGACGGCUCGGCUCUCCUCUGCUCUGCCAUGCCAUGAUGGCCUCCGCCUCCAUGGCCACCUGCUUCUGCUCCUCCUCCUUCUCUCCCCCCGACCUCGCCGCCGUCCAUUCACCGCCAUCUCCUUCCCCCUCUCGCCGUUUCCAUCGCCGGCGGUGGAGCUGCAGGGCGAGCAGCACCGGCGGCACGUACGACCACAACCCGCUGCUACAGCCACCUCCCGACCCACACUUCCCGCUGCGCCUCCCCGUGCAGGACGGCGGCGGCAGCAGCGGCAGCCGCCUCCGCAUCUUCUCCGGCACGGCGAACCCGACGCUGGCGGAGGAGAUCGCCUGCUACCUCGGGCUCGAGCUGGGCAGGAUCAAGAUCAAGCGGUUCGCGGACGGGGAGCUGUACGUGCAGCUGCAGGAGAGCGUGCGCGGGAGCGACGUGUUCCUGGUGCAGCCCACCUGCCCGCCGGCGAACGAGAACCUCAUGGAGCUGCUCAUCAUGGUGGACGCCUGCCGCCGCGCCUCCGCCAAGACCAUCACAGCCGUCGUGCCCUACUUCGGCUACGCGCGCGCCGACCGCAAGAUGCAGGGCCGCGAGUCCAUCGCCGCCAAGCUCGUCGCCAACCUCAUCACGGAGGCCGGCGCGCACCGCGUGCUCGCCUGCGACCUCCACUCCGGCCAGUCCAUCGGCUACUUCGACAUCCCGGUGGACCACGUCUACGGCCAGCCCGUCAUCCUCGACUACCUCGCCAGCAAGACCAUCUGCCCCAACGACGUCGUCGUCGUCUCGCCCGACGUCGGGGGCGUCGCCAGGGCGCGCGCCUUCGCCAAGAAGCUCUCCGACGCGCCGCUCGCCAUCGUCGACAAGCGGCGGCUGGGGCACAACCAGGCGGAGGUGAUGAACCUCAUCGGGGACGUGAGGGGGAAAGUGGCCGUGAUGGUGGACGACAUGAUCGACACGGCCGGGACGAUGCACAAGGGCGCCGAGCUGCUGCACAGGGAGGGGGCCAGGGCGGUGUACGCCUGCAGCACCCACGCCGUGCUCAGCCCGCCCGCCGUCGAGAGGCUCUCCGGCGGCCUCUUCCAGGAGGUGAUCAUCACCAACACCGUGCCGGUGCCGCCGGACCAGCGCUUCCCGCAGCUCACCGUGCUCUCCGUCGCCAACCUCCUCGGCGAGACCAUCUGGCGCGUCCACGACGAGUGCUCCGUCAGCAGCAUCUUCCAAUGAAUGAUGAUACAUUCAUUCAUACAUGUACAUCAUCUUACUACAACAUCUGUUCUGUUUUGUUCUUCAGAGGGCAGAGGCAAAAGAAACCACCCGACAUUCAUCGA